AUGGAGGAGACGGCGCUGCUGGGCGCCGGGCCGGGCCCCGACGAUGAGAUGGUGACGGAGCUGUUCGGCGCGACGGACGGCCUGGCGCUGAGCCCCGCGGCGGUGGGGAAGGCGGCGGAGCGGGACGAGCUGCCGGUGCUGGCGGACGCCUACCUGGGCGCCGCCGACCCCGGGGACCCGCUGCUGCGCGCGCUCAGCCCCGCGCCGGGCGCCGACGGCCCCGCCGACGUGCCGGCCGCGCUCCUGGGGGACCUGGCGGGGCUCCCCGAGCUGCGCGCCCCGGACGAGGCGGCGCCGCCGCCGGCCUACAGCGUGCACGUGCUGUCGUCGCUGCUGCCCGCGGCGCGCGGGCCCGCGCUGCUGCCGCUGCCCGCGGGCGUGCGCGUGAUCCCGGUGGAAAUAAAGGAAGCGGGAGGCGCGGCGGCGAGUAACGGCCCCGAGGAGGCGGCUUUCCAGCCCCCGCUGGCUCAGGAGUCGUGCUGCAAGUUCCCCGCAUCCCAGGAGGCGGAGGACGCCUCCAGCUGCGCUCGCAAGAAGGAUGCCAGCCCCAUGGUGAUUUGUCAGCUGAAAGGGGGCACCCAAAUGCUGUGUAUCGACAACUCGGGCACCAGAGAGCUAAAAGCACUUCAUCUGGUUCCUCAGUAUCAAGAUCAAAAUAAUUAUCUACAGUCAGAUGUCCCUAAGCCGAUGACUGCUUUAGUCGGAAGAUUUUUGCCACUACCAGCAAAAUUGAAUCUCAUCACACAACAACUUGAUAAUGGCGCCCUUCCGUCUGCAGUCAAUGGACCUGCUUUCCCUUCAGGACCAACCCUGCCAGGACCCCCCAAAAUAACUUGGGCUGGGUACUGCGACUGCUUUGCCAGCGGGGACUUUUGCAACAACUGCAAUUGUAAUAACUGCUGCAACAAUUUGCGUCAUGAAAUCGAACGCUUUAAAGCCAUUAAGGCGUGUCUCGAUAGGAAUCCAGAAGCUUUCCAACCCAAAAUUGGGAAAGGCAAGUUGGGUGACGUCAAGCCGCGGCACACCAAGGGCUGCAACUGCAAGCGGUCGGGCUGCCUGAAGAACUACUGCGAGUGCUAUGAGGCCAAAAUUACGUGCUCAUCUAUUUGCAAAUGCAUUGGCUGCAAAAACUAUGAAGAAAGUCCAGAGCGCAAAUCACUGAUGAGCCUGCCCAACCACACGGAGACUGCGGAGCUCGAGGGUCACCCCGCUUCGUCAGCGGGCAAAUCCUCAGGAAUACCAAAGUUCCGAAAAGAUAGGCAGCCGUCGUCCUGCAUCUCGUGGGAGGUGGUGGCGGCCGCGUGCGCCUGCCUGCUGGCUCAGGGCGAGGAGGCGGAGCAGGAGCACUGCUCCGAGGGCCUCGCGGAGCAGAGGGUCCUGGAGGAGUUCGGAAGGUGCUUGUCGCAGAUUCUCCACAUCGAGUUCAAAUCCAAGGGCUUGAAGCUGGAGUAG